GCUUUGUAUUCAAUUUUACAAUGCUGUCCUUUGCUUGGUUCUCAUUGCCACUGUCAUUGCCUGAGACUGAACCUCUUCACUGUCAUGAAUUUACAUGACAAUGUAAAUUACAAUUACAGCUAAAUACUGGAUCUCCCUACAUACUCUCAUCCCUCCAUAAUCCUAGCUCUACAUUUACUAGUGUCAUCUUUCUAGAAGGCAAAUCAAGAUACACUACUGUCAGACUCAAAUAUCACCAGUACUUUCUAUUGCAUGGACAGACAGUAAAAGGCUGCAGCCUUCUCUCACUAGAACCUCUGUGCGCCUGCCUGCCUGCCUGCCUGCCCUUGCUCAACCUCAGAGCAUGGGGUGACACCAAGCCACGCAUCUCAACCUAGGAAACCUCUACCAAUCCCACAAGUCAGCCGGAACAUUACUUGUUCUAUAAACAUACUUCCUACACACAACUCUACAAAGUCUUAAAUUGUACCCUCCUAUGUAUUUAUACCCUUAUAAAUCUUCCAGUCCAGAAUGAAUACCUUUAUUUUUGUGUCAUAAUACAGAGGACCCUCUACCCAUCCACAUCUUCUGUUUGGACUCUAGAUCCUCAGCCAUCCAGCUAUAGUCUGAGAGGGAAGAAGAGGAAAGGAAAGAGGAGGGGAGGAAAAAGAAAGAAAAAGGAUACAAGGGAUAAGGUAGAAAUUUUCAGAAAUUCAAGUUAGGAAAAUUGGAAAUGGUAACAUUUCAUCUGAAAUCAGGUAGAAUCUAAAACCCUGUUCUAUCGAUUUAAAAUAAUGCAAUACAAGUUAGAUAUUAAGAUCGUAUAAGUCUAUAUAAAAUGCACUUUCUAUGAUUACCCCACUAUCAAAGAUUUUGUGACUUUUAAUAAUAUGUGCAAUCUUUUGUCUUUAUCAGUUUAAAAAUUAAAAUGUUUUAAAAAUAAAAUGAGAUUUUAUACACUCCAUUAUUUUCCUAAUUAAAGAAUCCUAAAGUCAAACAGUUCAAUUUUCAUUAUAAGGAGAGUAAUUUCCCAAUUGCCAUUAAUCAGCACGGGUGCUAUUUUGUGCAUAAUUCCUAAGCUACUGGGCCUUUUACAUCUGGAUGCCAGAGGUAAUUGGAAGGUAUUUUUCUUUUUUCUAUCUGCCCUCACUAUUGAAAGCAGUUGAAAGCUUCUUAGAUUUGAUAACUCAUUAGUUUUUGGCAUCUUCUAAAUGUUGGCCAAUACAAUUCAUUCUAUCUUUCUUUGAGCACAAUUAGCUAUGAAAACAGAUCUUAGAUAAUCCCCCAAAGAAUUAGUGAAAGUCCGAAAUGCAGGUGAUUAUCAGAGUUGCCUUUGAUACAGACAUCCUGCUUGCUGUGAGCCCUUUGAACUAACUUUGAUAUGGGAUAAUUAAGAGGGAUUCCACCCUGGAGGAGAAGCUGCUGGGGCCCUGCCUCUUGUCUCCUUCCAUUGAAUGUUUGUUUUGAACUAUUGAUCAAAGAUUUGAAGGGAUUUGUUGAAGCCUGUGUGGGGUAAAGAGGAAGGAAGCAAAGGGGGUGGGAGGGGGAAGGAGCAGCAGCACAUCUGGCUAUAAAUAGUUCCAGAAGGAACCCGCUGACAGACCUGUUCAUCCUACUUCAGAAAAAGCCUUUCAGGUGACUUGCCAAGUUCCAGCUUGGGAAGACUGGGCAUCCUGCAGAGCACUGAGAACAUCAAGGAGCUCCAGGUGAAGGAGGAUGGUGCUGGUAGCCUUGCUGGGGCUCAGUUGCUUCUACUUGCCCCUGGGAGCUCUGGUUCUGGACUUCAACAACAUCAAGAGCCCUGCUGAUGUGCAAGGAGCACGGAAGGGUUCACAGUGUAUGUCAGACAAGGACUGCAGUGUCAGGAAAUUCUGCCUCAUGUCCCGGGAUGAGAAGCCGUUCUGCACCACAUGCCGUGGAGUGCAGAGAAGGUGCCAGCGCAGUACCAUGUGCUGCCCAGGGACGCUCUGCAUGAACGAUGUUUGUACCGCGAUGGAAGAUGCAGCCCCAAUAUUGGAAAGAAAGAGUGAUGAUCAAGAUGGUCUGGAAACAAAAGGAAAUAAAGAGCAUCCAACUGAGGAAAACAAACCCAAGCGGAAGCCAGAUACCAAGAAAUCACAAAGCAGUAAGGGACAAGAAGGUGACAGCUGUCUUAGAACUUUUGACUGUGGCCCUGGACUUUGCUGUGCUCGUCACUUCUGGACUAAAAUUUGUAAGCCAGUCCUAUUAGAGGGACAAGUCUGCUCAAGGAGAGGGCAUAAAGACAGUGUGCAAGCUCCUGAGAUCUUCCAGCGCUGUGACUGUGGUCCUGGACUACAAUGUGGAAGUCAGGUGGCUGGCAAUCGACAACAUGCAAGAUUGAGAGUGUGCCAAAAACAUGCAAAGCUAUAAUUCUGUAUUCAAGUAGGGUCUCAGUCAUUCAUUUUAAUGUACUUUAUAUGUUGUUUUGUUUUUGUUUUUAGUUUUUGGAGACAGGGUCUCACUAUAUAGCCCAGGCUGGCCUGAAAUUCAUCCUCCUACCUCAACUUCCAGAAGGCUAGGAUUACAAGUGAAUAACCACUACACUAGCAUGCAAAUAUCUCUUUACACCAAAUCUUUUAGCAAUGGAACUAGACUGGAAGUAGAAAAUUACAAGAUACUGUCUUGUUAUGAUUGAAAAGUAGCUUUGGCUUUUUGUCUAUUAUUCUGAAAAAUGUGAUUCUAUAACAAAAAUAAUAGUUGUCUUAAUAAACCUUGUUUUAUAAUGGAAACUAUAUACUUAAGGUGUACAGUAUGAUGUCUUAAUUAACAGAACUGGUUAAUAGUCAUUUCAGGUAAAGGGCUGGUACAUGACAGUAUCUUCAGGGCAGAAAAAAGUGUUGGAAACUAAAAACGUAAACGUAAGUAAAAAAGAGCCAGACAUGGU